GAGGAAACCCGAAGAAUGGGCAGAGAUUCUCCAUAGCUGGGUGGGUGCAGCCUCCUGUCCUGAUUUCAAAUCUCAUUCCGUUACAGGCAGUCUCUACCGGUCAAUUGAACAGCAUUUUAACCUUCUACGAAAUUCAAAAUCCUCAACUGGAGUCUGAACUGCAAGAUAUUCCUGCAGGACUGCUUCGACGUGUUAUUAUCAUUUUGACGAAGAGUAAUCGGGCACAGCUGAUUGAGAGUGCAGAUGGCGACGUGGCUACAGCAUCUUUCAAUGGGCCUGACACAAAAGACGCGCAAGCUACACAUCCGCUUCUUGACCUCCAACCACAAUCUCCCUAUCUCCUGCAACAGACAAUGGCCGAUCCUUCUGGUGCUCCUCCUCAACCAGGACCCAACGAUGUCGCCACAGCUAUCUUGCGGCCAAAGAAAUC